AUGUUAGGUGAGGUUGCUCUUAAAAAUUAGUUUGUUGCAAAACAUUUGUAGCUUUUUUUGACCUCAAUUUUCUAUUUUGUGGGCAGCUGGCAUGCAUGUUCAAGUUUGCGUACUUGUAUCCGAAGGCAAGUUAUGUCACAGUUCCAAAACAAAUAUCACCAAGGUCAACAUUUAGAAGCGAUAAACUGAAAAUCUUAAAAAAAAUUCGUACUCAAGAAAAAGGUGAUGAUUUACUGUUUUUUUUUUUUUAACAUAUGAUCUAUACUAUCUGCGUGAAUCAAUGACAAUUUGGCAUACAUUUCUCGAUAUAACUAAAUCUUAAUAAAGCCUCUUCUCGCUUUCAUUUCAGUCUGCUAGGAAUUAAUAACUACUGGUACGGACAUAUAGCCGUCUAAAUUAGGCUCAUCUCGCUUAAAAAGGAAGUUGGGCUUUCUACAGCUAAAACAUAUUACUUUUCCACAGUCGCCACACGCUACAGAUUGGAUAUAAAUACCAUGACCGAGUUAAAAGUUUCAAUCAUAGUCUUCUGUACUUUUUGGAAGUUAUAAUGAGUGACACUUUUUUAUCGCUUGAAUUUCAACACAGAAAUUUCUUGAAAUCAUUUUUCUUUAUCCCAGCGAUUUCGCCAAAUUUUUAAAUUUGCUUGAUUUUAAACAAUGUCAACGUUAUUUAGCAUAAAGAUGUUUCACUGAAACACCACAGUGUUAUGACGAUCAGUCGAAAGUUUUGAUUUACUCGUAUUCAGCUACGAUAUGGCUGAUAUUUAAUGGCGAAAGAAGUUUGCGAAAACUCAAAUGAAGACUGGUCAACUUCAUAUGUAAUUUGUUUGGUUAUCCUUCAAACGUAGAAGCUAGCAAACCUUUUUGGCUUGUUAUUUUCGAGACGAAACACCUGACGAUUAAUUUUUUACGAUAACAGUUGUUUUUCUUUGUUUUGAAUAUUUCGAAGAAAAACAUUAGAUGAAGAUCAAGUGUUGAUGAAAUAGUAUUCUUUCUAUCUUUAAUGAUAAUAGCCAUUAUGAGCGCGGUUUUUGAUGAUGCAACUCGGCUCAUGUAAACUAGAAAAAUUCCAGUUUUUUUUUCUUAUGACGAAGACAAUUCAGUUUUCUAUAUUUCUAAACAUCAAUCUUUGCCAAGUCGGGCGUCUUUCCAGGCCUUCUCGGUCAAUGCAUCUCAAAAACUCGCUAGGACAUCCACGUGACUCAAAACGCAUGGUCCGUGCGGAAUAAUGAGGCCUAGGGAGUAAGCAACAUAGCCAGUGUACAGAUCCCCCCCCUUCCCCUCAGGAAAAAUCGGAGAAGGGACCCCAGUAGACUCCAGAUACCUCAAACCCUCGCGCUUAUUCGAACCGAAGUCGUUUCCCCUUGGAUUUCCUUAUUCAUACAUUAACUGUAAUUUUACCCUAGGCCCUCGGCAACUCGAACUCCCCCGCCCCAUCGGUACGUAUACCUCCCCUGAAAUCGAAAUAAUUUUUGUCUCCCUUCAGAUCAUUUCUAUAUAAUUUUACCCUCGAUAACUCGAAACAUGUCGUGACAAGUCGGGAAAAAAGAAUAGCGUACUGAAGUCUAAAACACUAAACAGUGUCAAUUCUUUGUCUUUACCUUUAUGUCACUCCAGUUCAAAUUCAGUGUCCAUCCCUGUUUCAAGCUUUGAGGCUUUUUUGUUUUUCAAAAUAUCAGUCUAGAUCAUCUGCUGCCCUUAAAGUGAAGUGUGCAUGAUACUUGCAUUCCCUCCCCAUCCAUUUGCCUUAUUUCAAGUUCUGAAUGUUCAUGGGUGUUUAAAAAGGGAACUUUAUACACUUGUCGAUUACUGACAAAGUAUCUGUCACAUUUUUAUGCCCUUUAAGACUAAUGAUUUGUUUGGAAGUUAAAAGUAUUUCCACACGACCUAGGACCAGAUGGAGAAAAGUUUUUUCGGUCCCUAUGGUAGCCUUAAGGAAAAUUAAUCUCGCUUUUAAUUAAUUAUAGAUAAGUCAAAGACAGUUCGUCUCUGUGUUUCACAUUUGAACUGACUUUGUUAUGGUCCAUGGUAGAUAUAGACAACAAAUAUUAACUGAAAGUUACAGCUCGUGCAUUUAGUUUCAAUUGAUAUAACUGUCUUUUUCUAUUACAGAGGAUAACAAAGGUUUUUCAAAACAAACAAGAGCACAAACUCCACAAAGUCAUUCCUUUUCAUAACAACACAAUAAAAACAACACGCUACGACCAGCGAAAGAAUACAACACUGAACAAUUCGGCGAGACACCAGGUCGCGAUCACAAUAAAUAUGGGCAACAGUAAAACAAAACUGAAGAAAGAGGAACUGGAUGACCUGUUGGAAUGCACUCAUUUUUCGAAAAAGGAAAUCGAGGACUGGUACAAAGGAUUCAUGAAAAGCUGUCCAGAUGGAUCUGUUUCGUGCGCUGAGUUUCAAGACAUGUAUUCAGAUUUUUUCGAAGGUGACGCGUCCGAAUUUGCAAACCACGUUUUUCGUACUUUCGACGCGGACAAGAGCGGCUUCAUCGACUUCAAAGAGUUUAUGUCCUCGCUGUCCAUCACCUCACGAGGAAACUUGGAAGAAAAACUGGAAUGGGCCUUCAAGAUUUACGAUGUCGAUGGCGAUGGGUUCGUUACCAAAUCGGAAAUGGAAGACAUCAUAAGAUCAGUGUAUAAAAUGUAUAAUAACAGCCGUCUUGGAAAGAAGGAAACUCCACAGCAACGCACGACUAGAAUUUUUGAAAAAUUUGACGCCAACAGAGAUGGUAAACUAACGAUGGAGGAGUUUAAGUCUGGAGCAAGAAGUGACCCGUUUUUGGUAUUGAUGAUGCAAUACAAGUCACUGCACACUGAUCGAAAAGAUUCCGAUUCUUCCGUGUCCUCUGACAAAAGCAGUUAUUAA